AUGGAACCGUCGGCCCCCGACAGACGAAGUGCAGGCGACGCGGGCAGCGGCUCCACUGUCGAAGGCGUUGCUGCGCCUGGCCAGGAUGAUCCCGCCGUGGUCGUCAACAACCUCUCGUUCACGUAUUCUGGAAUAGAUGGGCAACCGUUGCUGAACAGCCCUCCGAUAUUCCGGGACGUAAGUUUCUCCCUGAGGCCCGGCAGCCGGUGCCUGCUGGUGGGCCCCAACGGCGCCGGCAAGACGACGCUCUUGAAAAUCUUGGGCGGGAAGCACCUCGUGCCGAGGGACUGCGUCUGGGUGCUGGGCUCCUCGCCCUUCCACGACACGGCUCUGACCAGCAGCGGUCUAUUGUCGUACAUCGGCGGCGCGUGGGUCAGGGACAUCGCGUUUGCGGGCUACAGCGUGCCGCUUCAGGGCGAUUUUCCAGCUGGACAAAUUAUUGAAGGCAUUCCCGGAGUCGACCCCAAAAGGCGGGAGAGAGUAAUGAAAGUUAUGGACAUCAAUAGCGAUUGGCGAAUGCACCUUGUGUCAGAUGGGCAAAGGAGAAGAGUCCAGCUCUGUGUUGGCCUUCUUAAACCAUUCAAGGUGUUGUUGCUGGAUGAAAUUACAGUAGAUUUAGAUGUGCUGGGGCGUGCAGAUCUGAUGGACUUUUUAACAGAAGAGUGUGAAGAAAGAGGUGCAACCAUUGUGUAUGCGACCCACAUUUUUGAUGGCCUUCAAUCUUGGCCAACCCAUGUUGCAUUCCUUGCAGAUGGCAAGUUUCAGACGUUUGACGAGGUGAAGAAUGUACCUCACCUACGGGACGGCAAGCUGCUUGACACUGUUGUCAGGUGGCUGCGCGAAGACAAACGAAGGAGGGCCGCGUCUAAGAGGAGCUCCAAGACGACAGUGGUGUUCCAGCAGCCUCUGAACAAUGGCUGGGCGUCAGGGCGAAUGACAGCCUCUUUGUCGAAAUGA